AUGUCUUGGGCGGAUCUCGUAAACAACAACCUCGUCGGCUCUGGUAAUGUCAGCAAAGCGGCCAUUUGUGGCUUUGAUGGCUCCAUUUGGGGAAAAAGCGACAAUUUCAAGCUCACUACGGAGGAGGCUGCCGCUGCGGGCCGAGGCUUUGCUAACAAGGACGGCUUGCUGGGCACUGGCUUGAAAUUUGAAGGAGAAAAGUGA